AUGAAUACAUUCCUAUCAACAUCAAUGAAUUUGGCUAUAGCUAAAAUAUUUGCUGGAAAUGGUUCUGAUCGUUUACAACGUGAAUCUGUUCUGUUUGAAAUUAUAUUAGAUACAAAUAAGGUAAAAAAUCCAUUUGGUAGAAUUGAUUACGUUAUUUUCCAUGGUGACCAUAUUUCGAAUUGAGUCGGCAACAGAAAUUUGUAAUGAUCAUGAACAUAUGUGGUGCGUGCUAUUAAUAGCAUGUGAUCAGAAUGAUGAAGAUAUCACUGUACUAUGAAAUUUUACAAACAAUAUUUUGAUAAAAUAGAUUCAUUAAUUAUUUGAGCUAAAUUUUUAUCCGAUAUGGGUGAAUAUUCAAAAAGUGAGUGUUAUUAUAAAAUAGCUAUUGAAUCAAUUAUGAAUGUUGACGAUGAAA